AUGGUUUCAGUUGUCUUAUUCAUUGGCUGCUUACUUUUGAUCGCUGCUAUGGCCGUUCCGAUAGAAGAAGUCAAGUUCCGGCAAAAACGUGUGUUCGACCUGCAAGUAGGCCAAAACUACUGCGAUGAUUAUGAUCCCCCGCCAGCGGAUUGCCUCGGUGGAUGGAAUUAUUCCGAGAAACGACAGUCGCGCGCGGCUGGCGUACGG